UUCCUGUAGAAAGGCGGGCGGGCUCGGCCGCAAGCCCCACUAGCCAGUGUCAGCCUCUCGACGGAGGAGGCGGCGGCGGAGGAGGAGCAGGGGGAGGGCUGUCAAAUUCGGGAGCCAGAUUUCCCCCUUCCCUCGGCAAUCCCUUCCGCUUCCCCGGCUCCCGGCGUGACAUCUGCGGACGCGGGACCUGUAUGUGCGUGCGCGCGAAGCAGCGGAAGAAUGGCAGUGCUCAAACUCACCGACCAGCCACCACUGGUCCAGGCAAUCUUCAGCGGUGAUCCAGAGGAGAUACGGAUGCUCAUCCAAAAGAUUGAAGAUGUGAACACUCUGGAUUCUGAGAAACGAACUCCCCUUCAUGUGGCCGCGUUUCUGGGAGAUGCAGAGAUCAUUGAACUCCUCAUUCUGUCAGGAGCUCGUGUCAAUGCCAAGGACAACAUGUGGCUGACCCCACUGCACCGGGCUGUCGCUUCCAGAAGUGAAGAAGCAGUACAAGUAUUGAUUAAGCACUCAGCUGAUGUCAAUGCAAGGGACAAGAACUGGCAGACCCCGCUGCAUGUGGCAGCAGCCAACAAGGCUGUCAAAUGUGCAGAAGUGAUCAUUCCCCUGCUGAGCAGCGUCAAUGUCUCCGACCGAGGGGGGCGCACAGCCUUGCACCAUGCAGCUCUGAAUGGCCAUGUGGAGAUGGUCAAUUUACUCUUGGCCAAAGGGGCAAACAUCAACGCAUUCGACAAGAAGGACCGACGUGCUCUGCACUGGGCAGCUUAUAUGGGCCACCUGGAUGUUGUGGCAUUGCUUAUUAACCACGGCGCGGAAGUGACCUGUAAGGAUAAGAAGGGUUACACCCCUCUCCACGCUGCAGCCUCCAAUGGACAGAUCAACGUUGUCAAACAUCUCCUGAAUCUCGGGGUGGAGAUCGACGAAAUCAAUGUCUACGGAAAUACGGCACUUCACAUCGCCUGCUACAACGGACAGGAUUCUGUAGUUAAUGAGCUGAUUGACUACGGCGCUAAUGUGAACCAGCCCAACAACAAUGGCUUCACCCCUUUGCAUUUUGCUGCUGCCUCCACCCACGGUGCUUUGUGUCUUGAAUUGUUAGUAAACAACGGGGCAGAUGUGAACAUUCAGAGUAAAGAUGGCAAAAGUCCACUGCACAUGACAGCUGUCCAUGGACGGUUCACACGGUCACAAACCCUCAUUCAGAAUGGAGGUGAAAUUGACUGUGUGGAUAAGGAUGGCAAUACUCCUCUCCAUGUGGCUGCAAGAUACGGUCAUGAGCUUUUGAUUAACACCUUAAUAACCAGCGGAGCUGACACAGCCAAGUGUGGAAUCCAUAGUAUGUUCCCUUUACAUUUAGCCGCCCUAAAUGCUCACUCUGACUGCUGCAGAAAGUUGUUAUCGUCCGGACAAAAGUAUAGCAUAGUAUCCUUGUUUAGUAAUGAGCACGUGCUGUCUGCAGGCUUUGAAAUAGACACCCCAGAUAAAUUUGGAAGAACGUGCCUUCAUGCUGCUGCUGCAGGAGGUAAUGUGGAAUGUAUAAAACUCUUGCAGAGCAGCGGAGCAGAUUUCCAUAAAAAGGACAAGUGUGGGAGGACCCCUUUGCACUAUGCAGCUGCGAAUUGUCAUUUCCACUGUAUUGAGACAUUAGUGACUACAGGGGCCAACGUUAACGAAACAGAUGAUUGGGGACGGACGGCUUUGCACUAUGCCGCUGCAUCAGACAUGGAUAGAAAUAAGACUAUCUUAGGAAAUGCCCAUGAAAAUUCAGAAGAGCUUGAAAGAGCCAGGGAGCUGAAGGAAAAGGAAGCCUCGCUAUGUCUAGAGUUUCUGCUUCAAAAUGAUGCAAAUCCAUCUAUCCGGGACAAAGAAGGUUACAAUAGCAUUCAUUACGCUGCUGCCUAUGGGCACAGACAAUGUCUGGAAUUGCUUUUGGAAAGAACCAACAGUGGUUGUGAAGAAUCAGAUUCCGGUGCUAUCAAGAGUCCGCUCCACUUAGCUGCCUACAAUGGGCACCAUCAAGCCUUGGAAGUCCUUCUGCAGUCGCUGGUGGACCUGGAUAUCAGAGAUGAGAAAGGUCGCACUGCUUUGGAUCUGGCUGCUUUUAAGGGGCACACAGAAUGUGUGGAAGCACUUAUCAAUCAGGGCGCAUCCAUCUUUGUGAAAGACAAUGUAACCAAAAGAACCCCACUGCAUGCCUCAGUAAUUAAUGGUCACACACUGUGUUUGCGGCUGUUACUAGAAAUUGCAGACAACCCAGAAGUGGUGGAUGUGAAAGAUGCCAAAGGACAAACCCCACUGAUGCUUGCAGUAGCAUAUGGACAUAUUGAUGCUGUUUCAUUGUUACUUGAAAAGGAAGCAAAUGUAGAUGCUGUUGAUAUCCUAGGAUGCACAGCGUUACACAGAGGGAUUAUGACAGGACACGAGGAAUGUGUGCAAAUGCUGCUGGAACAAGAAGUGUCCAUUCUCUGUAAAGAUUCCAGAGGGAGGACGCCCUUGCACUACGCAGCCGCUCGUGGCCAUGCCACGUGGCUGAGCGAGCUGCUUCAGAUGGCUCUUUCCGAGGAGGACUGUUGCUUCAAAGAUAACCAAGGCUACACACCCCUGCACUGGGCUUGUUACAAUGGUAACGAAAACUGUAUAGAGGUACUUUUGGAGCAAAAAUGUUUUCGCAAAUUUAUUGGUAAUCCUUUUACUCCACUGCACUGUGCAAUAAUAAAUGAUCAUGAAAAUUGUGCAUCCUUGCUACUUGGGGCCAUAGAUUCCAGUAUUGUCAGUUGUAGAGAUGACAAAGGCAGGACACCCCUUCAUGCGGCAGCGUUUGCUGAUCACGUGGAGUGCUUGCAGCUUCUUUUGAGACAUAAUGCUCAAGUGAACGCGGUAGACAAUUCAGGGAAAACAGCACUGAUGAUGGCCGCUGAGAAUGGGCAGGCAGGCGCCGUGGAUAUUUUGGUGAACAGUGCCCAGGCUGAUCUGACUAUAAAGGAUAAGGACUUGAAUACACCCUUACAUUUGGCUAGUAGUAAAGGUCAUGAAAAAUGUGCCUUGUUAAUACUUGACAAGAUACAAGAUGAGAGCCUUAUUAACGCAAAAAAUAAUGCACUGCAGACACCCCUCCAUGUCGCUGCACGCAAUGGCUUGAAGGUGGUAGUUGAGGAGUUGCUGGCCAAAGGGGCCUGUGUCCUGGCUGUAGAUGAAAAUGGUAUUGGAAUUAGCAGCUCAUGCCUAUUUCUCAGAAGUCAUACCCCGGCCCUGGCUUGCGCUCCUAACAAAGACGUGGCUGACUGCCUGGCCCUCAUUUUGGCUACCAUGAUGCCUUUUUCUCCUUCCGGUACAAUGACGGCUGUCAACUUCGUUUGUUUAAAAAAAGACAAUUUGAGCAGGACAACCCUGUCCAACCUGGGUAGCAUGGUUAGCCUGUGCAGUAACAACGUAGGCUCGGAGGAUGGGUACAAUGAAAACGAUUCUGAUUCGGAAACAUUUUGACUUUGGACUGUAGAAGCUUUUCCUUGAUCACCUGUGUUGGAGGAAGGGAAAGAAGCUUGAAUUCCAGGUUUAUGUUGUGUUCAAGUAUUAUAUGGGGCUCAGGCUUCCAGAAGCCAGUAGAGAAGGAAUUAAUCGAACCAAGGGAGGGCAGAGAGGCUGUUGGGUGAAACACUCUCACAGAUGAGCUCCAAUUUUGUUUUGGUUCAUGUUUUCCUUAGAUCUAAGGUACUUCUGUGAAAGUCUACCUCUCAUUUUAAGUAAGGAAUAAAAAAUGUGUUUAAUUCCUUUUCUUUGGGGAUAAUGCAACCAAGAGGCAACUGUUCGCUAUAAAGAAUUUUUUUUCACGUACUCAGUAGUGAGUUCUUAGAAGUAUAUCAAUGCGGCAUUCAGAUCCCCUGGGAGGGGAGGGAAGAGGUAGAUAGGAAACACCUCAAACCUCUUCUCACUUUGAUGUUUACGUCCUCACUAGAAGCCAAAGGUAAAGGUGUUCAUCUUCAGAAAUAAUGCCUGUAAUAAUCUUCUUAAGGAAAUCCAACUAUUCAUAUCCUGUCUGUAGCAAACACUUAAAUAUCCAGAACUUCUUUCUGAGGAUCUUUGUUAAAGUUGCCAGAUGAAUUGAAAAACCGAACUUUUUUUCAUUUAACACAAAUAUAGAACCCAAUGUUCCCCACAACAAGCUUGUAACUAAUCUUCACCCAAGUGAUUGAACCCAAAUCUAUCUAAUAACAUUUCAGAUGAAAAUUAUAUUGCAUCAAAACUUUGAGACAAUAUGCAUAUUUACCAUUAAAUUGCCCCUUGUUAAUUCUUUCUUAAAUCAAAAUACUAACUUUUUUUAAACCAGAAUCAUCAGCAUUGUUCAUUAAUAGUAAAAGGUUAAUGAGCUUCUUAGUCAAGGUCAUGCCAAGUGAGUGAAAGUGUAACUGCAAACGGAAACAAAGAAAGUAAAAGCAGAAAGUAGAAACGGGUGAUAUAGAAAUAAAGCCAAUUGCCAGUUGUUUGAUGAUGAAUCCACAUAGUGAAUACUGUGUCUACUCCUUCUGCCAAAGCUUCUAGGUCAAAUGGACCCCGUUCCACACCUGGAACAGCUGUACAAAAAGAAGAAUGAGACUGUUUAAAAAGUAUGCACAUAUAUACACGUAUGUGCAUAUGUAUAUAUAUAUAAGUAUGUAUGUAGUUCAUCAACCAGCUAUCCAUGAGGACCAAAAUGCUUCAGUCUAAAAUGGAAGAUUUAAAUUUUUUUCUUUCAAAAUGCAAAUGAGAACUGAAGUAGCUUUUCUAUGGAGUUAAAAUGUAAUCUUUUUGGUGUACCAGUCUUUGUUGUAUUUUAUAUUUCUUAUAACACAUAUUUCUAGUUGACAGCUUAACAUUUGUAAUUGAUAAUGUGUCGACCACGAUUUAUUUUUUUGCCAAACUACAGAAAAUGUCCAUAUACUUUUGAUGUGAAUGUGUUUAUAUUUAUUUGAAAUGAAACAAAUACCAAGGAAACAUCCAUUGUUUAAUUGCUAUGUGUCUUAUUUGGAAUAACAGAAAAGUGGAAAAACACACUUGACCCUGGGCUAGCCAACAGCUCUGAGGCCAGACCCAGAAUUUCCACUGCUAAGGUUUCCAUUGGACCCUCAGGCUCUUCCGUUUUGGUUAUCGAGGGUACAACAUCCAUCACUCAACCCCAGACUGUAGCCAGCUUAGAGCUUAAAAAACAUUGCAGUUGGUAUUCUCUUCUGCGAGAUGAAGACUGAAAUGUGCAGUGGAUCAUAUACACAAAGGUGGCCCAACGAAAGAUCCAGAAAUUACCCUAACUACACUGAAAAUUUCACAUGGUCCCAGUAACCCAAUGGGAAAUGAUGUCAUUGUGUGGGCACGUGUGCUAAGAGGAGAAAUAAAAAUCACCAGCUCAAGUGCUAUUUUCCACUUGAGAAAGAGACAGGAAAGAAAUAUGUUGAAUUAGGACAGUCCUCUCCCACAUUUUAUAAUGGGUUUUCAUUUUCAUCCUGGAAAUUUCUAUUCAUAGUGUAUGUGAGAGAUUUUUAAAACAGUGUUCUGUCAUAUCUGGAUCAAAUACAGAUACUGUAUUAUAUUUUUCAUCUAGCUGUAAAAAAACUUUAAUCUCUUUUAAUAUCCUGGAUUUAAUUAAAACUCAUGUUGGAUUCUUCACAAAUGAGAACUUGUUCAAAGGACUUAAGAACUGGUAUUAAUUUCAUUGACAAGUUUCAACACGACCACCAUUUUUUAAAAAAAUUCUUUGGUGUUGUAUUUCCUUCCUCCUUUGUCCUUUUUGUUUAUUUAGAGAAGAUGAAUUUUUUAAAAAGUAAAGUGCUAAUGAGCAAUAAUGACCUUAUCUUUACCAAAACGCUGAAAAUAAGGGAGAUCCAAUGUUGAAGAAGCACAAUAUACUGCGGUGUCUUUUUCUAGAAGUGAAUGGAAAUCUUGCUCCGUUGGCAUUUAAAGCAGGAAAUAACAACGCCUGCGUUAAUGGUGAAGCAGCGUUAACAUGUUUCCUGUAGAGUAGCAGAGAGUGCAAGGAUCCUUUCAGCACAGCAGCAACCAACCAUGGGACGUUAUCUCCACGGAGCUGCACUUUGACUUUUCUCUCUUAUGGAUAGGAAGAGGACAAAGGAACAAAAUGAAAUCAUGCUCACAAUGAAUCACUCGAUCUCUCUCUCUAUCUACCCCUCUCUUUCUCUAUUUCUCCCUCCCCCCAAGACCAAAUUUUUUUCUUUAAACAAUGACUUUAGAAACUAUAAUUUCUGUGUGUUUUGACUAUGUCUCCUAAAAAUAAAAUUAUGUUUGUAACAUAGCCUUCUAAGAAAAAAAAAAACCAGAAAACUGUUGUGUUUUUUCAUUGUGUCUUACUUGCUUAGUGCUUUUACCUACAUGUGUUAUUUUUAGACUGUAUUUUAACCACAAUCACAGGGAUCAUGUUUCAUUGCACUUACCUAUUCGCCAGUGUCUGUCUAUCUUUGGUAAAUACAUUACUAUCUCCAAAUUGCCUAAAAUCUGCUAUGAUUCUACAGUAAAUAGCUCAGGGGAUUUCUAUUUAUCACUACUAAAAGGGCACCAUAGUAUGUUUUGGUACUUUAGGCAGUAAACACUGCUUCAUUUAUUAUUUUAUUAUUAAAUUAGAACAAGAACAUCAAAUGAAUUUGCUGCACUAGUUAUUCUUUGUACUGUUGAGCAACUUGAUGUGCUUAUCUGUUGCGUUAGUUGAAGAACUCAUCCCUUUUUUGUCUUGUAAUAUGAAGUUAGAGUGCCUUUUUAUAUUUGUAUAUUCUGAAAAUGUUCUGUGAAAUGUUUUGUAUUUUUUCAUUUGAGUGUUAUCAGAGCAAUAUGAUACCAGUGAGUUUUCAUUUCAACCUUUCUUUGAAUGUAUAAAGUGUCUUUUUUCCUAUUUCCCCUUUUACUUGCAUUGAAAUGAAUAUGAAAAUGCUGAAGUUUUCUAUAGGAAUUAUGUUGGAUUUUGCAGUGCUAAAAUGCUUUCUUCUUACAAAACUGUAAACCAUAGGUCAGUAUUAUAGGGGAAAAGCGUUUUAAAAUAGUGACAAUCUGAGUGUUUGUAUAAAAUGUAAUUCUAUGCGUUUCUUAUGCAGUGAUCUAAAAGUUCAAUGCAAAUAUCUUUUGUUUGGUAGUUUUGUCUACAUAUUUUAUGCUUUAGCAUGUGCAAUAUAUAUUUGCAAAGCACGAUGAUACAAAUCUGGUGCCAGUGUUAUAUUUUGCAUAACAUAUUUGUAACAGCAUAAAAUAUUGUUUGAUGAUUUCAGUGGGAUUUGUCUAUAAUGUUUUUUAUGUAAAUUGGAGUUGAAUGACUCUGGUAAAUGUCAUGAUUGUAAAAAUGAGGAAAAUGACUUUUAGUUCAGUGAAUGACUUUGAACCAAUCUGAAUCUUCUCAAGCACAGUUUAAUACUUUUGCAACUACUGAAUGCUCUAAUAAUGUAAUGAAGUACUUAACUGAAAUAUACUAUGGAAAUGCAUUCAGAUGGUUAUUUUUACAAAUAAAAGCGGUACAAACAUUGUUG